AUGACUAUUGAAUCUGAUUAUAAAUUUUUCCCCGAAAGAAAGGUUACUGUUAUCCGUGCACCUUUCAAUGGAGGUCAGGGUAAACUGGGUGUUGAACUCGGACCCGAGAGAAUGAUCGAAUAUGGUCUGUUGGAUGAUAUCAAAGAACAAGGAUGGUCCUAUGAGGUUAAAGAUCCUCUCAAAGGAUCGGAUUGGAAUGCCAUGAGAAACGACUCAUCGGAUGUUUACAACAACUGUAAGAGGCCUCAUAUGGUUAGUGAGUGUUGUCAAAAGAUAUUUGAGACAUCUACAGAAGCUCGUAGGAAGAAGACUUUCCCUAUCACCAUUGGAGGAGAUCAUUCUAUUGGUAUGUCAACUCUUUUGGCGUUUGUUAAUUCCCAUCCAGAUGGAGGUAUCAUUUGGGUGGAUGCUCAUACCGAUAUUAAUACUCCUUCUUCUACGGAGUCGGGUAAUUUGCACGGUUGUCCCGUUGCAUUUGCCAUGGGAUUGGACCAGGAGCAUUGGCCAUCUCAUUUCGACUGGAUUAAACAGUUAAAACAUCUUGUCAAGCCCUCUCAGAUAGCGUAUAUUGGACUAAGAGAUGUCGAUAAGGGAGAAAGGAAAAUCUUAAAAGAGUUGGGUAUUGCUGCAUUUUCUAUGCAUCAUGUGGAUAAAUAUGGCAUUAAUGAAGUGGUUCAGAGGGCCAUGAAGGCUGUCAACCCAAGUGGUGAGGCACCAAUUCAUGUCAGUUAUGAUGUGGAUGGCAUUGAUCCUCAAUAUGUUGCUGCUACAGGUACUCCGGUGAGAGGAGGUCUUACUUUAAGGGAAGGACUGUUUAUUGUGGAGGAACUUGCAGCCUCCGGUGUUCUUGCCGGCCUUGAUAUAGUAGAAGUUAAUCCAUCUCUUGGAGCUACAGAAAUGCAUAUGGUUGAUACUGUUAAUGCUGGACUAUCUAUAUCCAGAUGUGCAUUAGGUGAGACCAUUUUAUAA